AUGAUGAUGCAGGAGGAGUCGGGGAACACCAAGACGGCGGCGUGCACGGUCCGGCAGCCCCCCCCUUGGACCAUGGGCAUGGACCAGGCAGACAAGGUUCUGCUGUCAGUUGCCGCCACCACUGUUGCUGUUGCUCCCCCGCCACUCGUUUCAAGACCGCCCGUCAUGUUGGCGAGACCAAGUACCUCGUCUGGGCCCGCCCCCAGCCGGAACGGAAAUUCGCGGCCAAACUUUGACAAGAGGCUCUCCAAGGACGACAUGUCUCUGCUGGGCAGUAUGGGUAUGGGCAGGAAAAAGGGGCUAAAACCGUACCGAAUCGGUGUCAGGGCCGGCGCAUACCCCACCCCCGAGUCCAGUCCGGGUAGCUUGCGGUCUCCGAUGCCCAUCUCGUCGGUACCCACCAGGAUGCCAACACCCGUCUCCUUCAGCUCAGCCGAGAUCCAGAUCGGGAUGGCCCUCGGGAGUCCCUCCCACUCCGCUAGCGGCUUCCAGACCGGUUGGCAGCCACAGCCACGAGAUGUUUACUCACCACUACCAGCCCAGAGGACACCAGAGCCCCCCGUCCAGAGGCAGAAGACGCAGAAAAGGAGGCUAUUCGGAUCCCUGUUCGGAAGCAAGAAACAUGCCGAACCAGCCAAGAUUGCAGAGGCAAUCAGUGCGAAUGGGAGCACGUUGUCUGUCACGGCCACAGCCACCACCUCACCGCGGAACAAGGACAGCAGCCCCUCCAGGACCACCACUUUCAUGACCAGGAAGUCGACCAAGCACAAGCCCCUGAUUUCCAGAUCAAAAACAGAACUUCGGAUGGAAGAAACAGUUCCAGUAUUACCAAGCCGCCAACAGCAAUCACCCAACGCAGCAGCCAUCUGGUCGAUCCCAUCAGAGCCUGAACCUACCGCCCCCUUUCUAGGCGGUCCCGGACUUCUGGAUAUUGAAAUCCCCGAUAUCAGGCUCGAGCGAUAUAGCAUCAUGUUUAGCGGCGUACUGAACCCCCAAGGAAACAGCAAAUCAUCCUUGCUCGAAAGGCGGCAGGCGACUCUCGAAAAAUUGAAGACGAUAAACGACAAGAUAAGCGAGGAGAGCGAAGGGAAUCACAAGACGCGGCCGCGGAGAGGCACUUCGCCAGCCUUUGCGCUCUUUCCUUCGACGCCAGGGCGCCAGUCUACGGCGGCCGGCACUCUAGCUCCCCCCAAACCUUCUCCCCUAAUGCGGUCAAACACGUCGCCAGCCCUCCUCCCGUCACCGUCAAGAGCCGACUUCGAUCCCGAGUCGAAGCCUUCGAUGGAGCUCCCGACGCGCAGGGAGCGCAAGACGGUCACCAUUGUCUCGCCUCGGACUAUGGACGAACGCAACCGUGCGGCCCAGGUGGAGAAGCUCCGGGAACAGCAGGUCAUGAGCCAUCAGGCGCAGCGGGCACAGCAGGCGCAGCAGGCAGCGAGCACGUUCCAUUUUGGGCCCGAAGAGUCGGGUCUGAUUCUCGACUCGCCGCAGAGCGUGUCUUCAGGGGCGGCGGCUGACGAAGACGACGAGCCGGCAGCCGCGCGACAGGCGCUCGGCUUCAGACCCGCCGCCGCGUCCGAGCCGCAGUGGCAAAUGGUGUCGCCGCCCAACUCGACAUCGAGCAAGGCCAGCAGCACCACCACGAAGCGGAGCAUGUCGUCGUCGGCCUCGUCGACGGCCUCGUCCACGCAGACGCAUCUCACGCGGCCCGCGUCGCCCGAGGUGGCCGUCGACCAGGGCGAUGCCGCGCUCAAGGCCGCCGUCGAGAUCAGCAUCGCCCGCCAGAUCAGCGUCUCGCGCCAGCAGCGGCAGCUCCUGCGCCCGCUCAAGACUACCAUCGGCCGCGAGAUGCCGCCGGCCAUGGCGACGGGGGGAGGCGGACCGCCGCCCAUCAUGCUUGCACGCGCCGCCAGCAGCGCCGCCAGCAGCCCCAGCACCACCACCGCCACCGCCACCACCGCCGUCAAGGUGAGCCCCAUCGUCAUCACCAAGGGUAUGAUGCGCGGCCGCGUCAUCGAGACCAAGCAGUCCAUGCCCACCCUCGUCGUGCCGUCCGACGCCCCGCUGCACGUCCACCGCAAGAGCGAGCGCAUCGUCCUCGAGGCCGCGUGA